AUGGAUGCCCACGACGACGUCAUCAUGGACGGCGAGGACCAUCGCAUGACCGAUGGGCCCUUGGCCUCCAAUGGCUUCAGGGACGCGACGACGGGCGAGAGCUCGCUGGAGACGACCAACGUCCAGAGCACAGCGGGCACGUCCAAGGGCGAGGAGGAGGAGGAGGAGGAGGGCGGCAGUUCUAGCCAGCUCGUGUACCCAGAGCACUUCCGUCGUCGCGGGCUACUCCCCACAGGGUGCUGCUAUGAUGAUCGCAUGAAGCUGCAUGCCAACGCCGACUUUGGGCCUAAUCCGCACCAUCCGGAAGAUCCUUCGCGCAUCGAGCACAUCAUGCAGACCUUUAAGAAGGCCGGGCUUGUCUUUACCGGGUCGGAUGCCGAGCUGGCACGUAUUAUCAAAACUGAGCCGACGAAGUACAUGUGGAGGAUUCCUGCACGACCGGCUACCAAGGAGGAGAUCUGCAUGGUUCACCACCCGAGACACUAUCUCUGGGUCGAGGAGCUGUCGCGCAAGUCUACCCAAGAGCUGCGCCAUCUCUCUGCCAUCAUGGACCAAGGUCGCGAUUCGCUUUACGUCGGGAGCAUGACCUACGAAGCAUCCCUCAUCUCAGCUGGCGGCGCGAUCGAGACGUGCAAGAGCGUGGUCACUGGCGUAGUGAAGAACGCCUUCGCCAUUAUCCGGCCCCCAGGUCACCACGCCGAGUAUGACCAGCCCAUGGGCUUCUGCCUCUUCAACAACGUCCCAAUUGCCGCCAAAAUUUGCCAGGCCGACUAUCCGGACCUCUGCCGCAAGAUUCUUAUCCUGGACUGGGACGUCCACCACGGCAACGGCAUCCAAAACCUCUUCUACGACGACCCCAACAUCCUCUACAUCUCGCUUCACGUCUACCGCAACGGCGAGUUCUAUCCCGGUAAGCCCGACAACCCGAUGACGCCAGACGGAGGGAUCGAGCAUUGCGGUGCGGGGCCCGGCCUGGGCAAGAACGUCAACAUCGGCUGGCAUGACCAGGGUAUGGGUGACGGCGAGUACAUGGCGGCUUUCCAGAAGAUCGUCAUGCCCAUCGCGCACGAGUUCAACCCCGACUUGGUGAUCAUCUCGGCCGGUUUUGAUGCCGCCGCGGGCGAUGAGCUCGGCGCCUGCUUUGUGACUCCUGCAUGCUACGCCCACAUGACGCAUAUGUUGAUGUCCCUUGCGGGAGGAAAGGUUGCGGUGUGCCUAGAGGGCGGGUACGAUCUUGAAGCAAUCUCGAAAUCAGCGCUGGCCGUUGCCCAGACGCUCAUGGGCGAACCGCCGCCGAAGAUGGAGAUCCCCAAGAUCAGUCGCGAGGCGGCCAAGGUGUUGGCCAAGGUGCAGGCGUAUCAUGCGCCAUAUUGGGAGUGCAUGCGGCCCGGCGUGGUGGAUGUCCAGGAGCUGCAGCUACAGGAUUCGUCGAGGCUGCAUGAUGUAGUCAGGCGUGCGCAGCGGCAGGUGCUGAGUGAGAAGCAUGGGAUGCUGCCGUUGUAUAUCCAGCGGGAUGUGCUGUAUAAGUCGUUUGAGAACCAGGUGCUGGUGACGAGAGGCAUUUCGGAGGCGAGGAGAUUGUUGGUUAUUGUGCAUGAUCCUCCGGAACUUCAUGCGCAGCCUGAUCCACUUGAUAACCGUGUUGAGCCGCACAAUGCUUGGGUGACCGAUGGCGUCCUCCGCUACAUCGACUGGGCCAUCAGCAAGGACUUUGCCGUCAUGGACAUCAAUGUACCGCACUACAUCACGCAUCCUGAGGACACCGAUGCCUACACCCCGCGCGCUGACGAGCGCACGCUGCAAGCCCAGAUCCAGGACCUCAUGUGCUACAUCUGGGACAACUACCUCCAGCUGUAUGACUGCGUCGAAGACAUCUUCCUCAUGGGCGUGGGCAACGCCUAUCUCGGUAUUAAGAUGCUCCUGAUUUAUAGGCCGGACGUCAAACGCCGCGUCUCCGGCGUAGUCAACUUCGUGAACGGCGCCCUCCGCCCCGUCAAGUCGGACGUCGACACGGAGCUGUCCCAAUGGUAUAAGAACAACUCGCAGGUCUAUGUCACGAACGACCAUGCCUGCUGGGCCGACGCCGACCUGGCACGCAAAGUCCUCAAGCGUCGUUUCGGCAACGUCAUUCGUAGCGAGGCUAAGGGCCUCUCAGCGAUGAUGGCGACACACUUCCAGGACGUACAGCAGUUUAUUCUGGAGAGGAUGACGCCGCCUGAGGAGGUGGGUGAGACCACUGAGGAGGAGAAGGCUUGA